UGAAACCUGCGAUAGUUUGCUUUUCGUCCUUUUGCUCGUCCUGUUUGCUUGAUUUGAAUUUCGGGUAGAAGAUAAAUGGAGAGAGCCCGGCACCGAAAAUCCAAAAGUGCCUCUGGCAUUGAAGGAAUUCAACAGAUUCAGAAAGCUAAAGCCGCUCCAAGAUUGUCCACCGAUUCUCGAACUUACAUUGAUGGAACCAAAAGGGAUGACUUGUUUAUGCUCGAGUUGGGGCAGAGCUCGUGGAGAGGUCCCACCGGAACACCAAUGAAGAAGCUCCUAGCAGAAGAAAUGUCCCGAGAAGUAGUCGAGCCCAGGAGACGACCGCCAGGUGUCAUUGCCCGGCUAAUGGGCUUCGAUGGCCUUCCAUCCCCUAAACACAUCCACCAAAGUAAGGAGAAAAGGCUUUCCGACAUUUACCAACCGAAAUCAAGAAGCCUACGUUACCACGACAACCGAACGACCCGAAGUCCGCCUGAAUUCAAGGACGUGUAUGAAGAUUUGGAGGCUGCCAGCGCCAGUCACCACCGCUGUUCCUCGAGAUGGAGACAGCCGAACGAGCUGUCCCUUAUUCAGCAGAAGCUUCUAGACUCUCCUGGCAACCGUAUAGCCGUUUUAAAGCCGUACGAAAGCAAAGCCAAGCCUGCAGCUGUAAGUGGGCCCCGCGUCACUUUGAGACGUGUAGAUGGGCUUUUGCUCGAACAGCACUGCCACGGCCGCCGGGCCUGCAUUUCGCACGAAGAGAAGACGACUCUCCCCACAAGGAUUGUUGUCUUGAAGCCAGAUCUCGGGAAGGUGGAAAACCUAUCUAGUUCGUUGUCCCAUAGAAGGAAAGACUUUUCCAGUGAAGUGGGACUAUCAAGGUCGAUUUCUAAGGAGGCUCGGGAGAUAGCAAGAGAGAUUACAAUGCGGAUAAGGGAUGGUUAUGACGAGAGUAAUGACUUGCGGUCAGUGUGGGGUAAAGGGUAUGUGGGGGACGAGAGCUCGUACGAGUGUGAUGAAAGUGACUCGGAGAGCGAGCCUGAAGGGUUCGGUUUUUCCUGUAGAAAUAGGUUGUCUGUGAACAGGGAGGCAAAAAAGAGGUUGUCUGAAAGGUGGAAGAUGACUCACAAAUGUCGGGAAAUGGAUAUGAUUAAUAGUAAUAGUAAGGGGGGCACGUUAGCCGAGGUGCUUACUCGGCCUGAUAGGGAAACAAGGCACAGCCGUGUAAAUGUGAAGACGAGUCAUUCGGCCAUUAGUAGUACUGAUGGGUGGACGGAUGAGAUUACUAGAAAUUCGUUGAGGUCCAAAUCUCUUCCUCCAGGUAGCAGCAGAGGGAGGAGAAGCCGUAAAACAAACUUGGCUGAGGCGAAAGUUGUGAUGCACGGUGAAAAUGUAAAUUGGGAGAGGAGUAAAUUCGUGAAAAGGAAUGUGGGUUAUAAGGAGGGUUAUCUGUCUAGGUACUCGAAAGUUAGAGGGAAGAAGCCGCAUCCAUGUGAUCAGGACAUGUUUAAUGGUGAGAUAGACUCUUCUUCAGCAGAGGCCAGUUUCGAAAUUCAAAUGGAGGCGAACAUUAAGGAUAUAUCCGAACAGCAGUCUGCUUUUGAGAUGUCUGCAAAGGCCGAAGCCUGUAGGAGUCCUGUGGUUGAUGUGAUGAUGAUUUCUGAAUCUGCAAGUACAACUUUGUCUAACAAACCUUCUAAGUUAGUUCAGAAACAGCUGUCUUCAGGUACAGGUGGCAAUGAGUCUGCCGUUCAAGAAUGGGGGGAUUGCGUGCCUCAGGAAUUGAACAAGGUACCAUCAAAACAAGCCUCUUCUUCCACACCUUGCCCUGGAGCUGAGCCGGAGCCUUCAGAAAGCUCCAAGGAGGCCAAUCAUCCAAGCCCGAAUUCAGUUCUCGAGGUCCCUUUCACAGAGGAUGCAUCAUCUGCCGAUAACUUUGAGAGAGUCAAUGCUGAACUUCAAGAACUCCGACUUCAACUGCAGCUCCUCAAGAUGGAAUCGAGCACCGAUGCUGACAUGUCCACACUUCACCCAAUCGAGGAAGAAGAAGACAAAACGCAAAAUUCGCCCGUUUUUCCCGAAGGAAAUUACGCAACAGGUCCCGAAGGCUGGGAAAUUCAUUACGCGCUAGACGUGCUCGUCACCUCCGAGCUCCUUCAAGAUCCCGACUACUUUACCAUGUUUAACAACAACACAUCAUGGUACUCCCAAGAAGAAGACUAUCAUCCUCUUGACCCGAAACUGUUCGACACUCUCGAGAAGAAAUACAGUGAUGAGUAUGAUGAAGGGGCAAUAGGGGCAAAAUGGGAAAGGAAGUUACUUUUCGACAGGAUAAAUUCGGCACUAAUGCAGAUUUUCGUGGAGCACGUGGACCCGUGCCCCUGGGUAAUGCCAAAAUCGACAGGUUCGAAUUUAGUGAUGAAGUGGCGGGCCCACGGGGUUAGGGAGGCUGCAGAGAAAUUGAUUGAAAAGUUGGAGUUGACCGAAGUCGAGGCUGUUGAUCGGGAGAUGGGCUGGGCCGGGCCCAGGGGAGAAGUAGAAAUGGUGGGUAAUGAAAUCGAGAAGCUGUUGAUGGAUGAUAUGGUGGCUGAGGUCAUUCUCUAUUCUGAAAACCUUCACUGCAAGAAGACGUACGACUAA